UGAGCUUUUAAAGUGAAUAAAACAUUCAAAUGAUUUAAUGAGUGAAGUCAGGUGAAAUUAGGUUUGAUUAUAGUCAAUGGUUAACGUUAAUAUGGAUUUAUGGGCUUUUAGAGGCUAUUAAGCAACCCAUUUUCUGGUAUUUUCAGUCGCAGGAAUAGAUUAAUCCUUUAAAAUCUGUCUACAUUACCAGUUGUAUUUCAACAAAUAUCAAGGUUUUCAUUUAUCAUCUUGAAAGAUUCAGUAGUGAAUACAAACCUGAACCCAUCAAGGCUUUGAAGUUGAAUAAAAAAAUAAAUUAGAAUCCAGUAGCAAAAUUUUGUGUAGUUAAAUGGCCGAAAAAAAGGUUUCCCUAUUAAUCAUGUCUUUGGCUUCUCUCUUCAUUUCAUCUCGAGUUUUCCUCUCUCAUCAUCUUAUUGACUCUUCAAUUCCCUUGAAGAUGAUGAUAUUGAAGAAGCAAAUUGAUGUUUGGUCUUCCAUGGGGAAGGCUGAAAAAAAAGACUGAAAAAAAAGCAGAGACAAGAUGAUGACGGUAAAGAUUGGGUUACAUUGAUGGUUCAAUACUAAGCAUACAAAGUCAAUCUCAUUGUGUGAGUUAAACAUCUAGUAAAUAUUGAAGGGGAAGGGAAAGGAAUCCAUGGAAGACAGAGGAAGACAGGGAAGGAUGAACAAGAUGAUGUUUAUGUUAUUGGUAGGAGAAGAAGAAGAAAAAAAGAGGAAACUUGAAGAUGAUGUAGAUGAAGAGGAAAAGCUGAAAGGAUGAGAAACAGAGUGAGAUUGAUAGAAGUGAGUCUGUGGGUUACAAUGAGAUGUGGAGGAAAAAAAGAAGCGACCAUUUCAAGUCUCAUUAGGACUUUAUCAUGAUUUAUACUCACCAUCAGAUUUACUUGAUCGCCUUUGAACAUGAAUUCACAAUGGAUUGGAUUCCUUAAAACAUAAUUGGCUCCAAAUCGUGAUCAUCUUUUAUCCCUUUUGAUAUUUCUUUAUUCCUCAUCUCCAUCUUCAUCUCGACAUUCUAUUUUCAUCUGUUCAUCUUAUAACAUACACUUUACCUUCAUUUGUAUCCAUUUGUUUUCAUUUCAUUAUCAAUUCAACCGGACCUGUGAUCAAUAUAUUCGUGUUCAAAUAACUGUGAAAUAAACCAUUUCUAUUGGAACCAGUGAAAAUACAAAUGAAAAGGCAUUAACAAUCAAUAAUUAAAUGUUUGGAUACAAUCAAUUAAACGUAUAUAUUUUAAAGCAACUAACAAGCCAUUCCAAGUCACCAACAAAAUCAUCAUUAUUGUUAUUACAAUCAUCAAUAAAUUAGAUGAAUAAUUAUCGAGAUAAUACGAAUUGGUUUAAUUGAAGGAUCCAAAUAUAAUAGCAAUUAUGAGCAUUAUUCAAAUGUCUGAUCUUGAAAUGGAUGAUGUUACCUUUUUAACUUGUCGUGAAUCAGUGGAUGGAGUAACCAAUAAAUCAUUGAGAGGUGAUUGUGGGCCAUUUUGCCGUAAUCGUCGUGUUUGCCGUAAACAGCAUCCUCAUCAUGUACAUUUUUCAUUUUAUCAAUUACUUAUCAUGGUAGCAUUAAUUGUUAUCCUACUCAUCUCGACUGUCUUAAUUUGCGCCUUUGCCUGUCCCUUUAAAACAAAUCAAUGCCAUAUCAUUGGAGCAAUUGAAGAAACCAAUACAACUCAAGUUAAUUCAAGUUCUUCACAUCUUUUAGCCACUAAUGGGGAACAAUUUCCUUGGAGUGAUUUAAGAUUGCCUAAUUUUAUUAAACCCAUCCAUUAUGAUAUCUUCAUGCAUCCAAAUUUAACCACAUUUAUUAAUCGAGGAUCAGUUGAAAUAAGCAUCAUCAGUGAAGAAGCAGUUGACUUUAUUUUAGUACAUGGUAAACAAUUGAAUUUAACACAAAUCACUAUUACCAAAUUUAACGAUGAAAGUGAAAGGAUAACAGUUGAUAAAGUAUUGGAAAAUGAUGAAUUUGAAUUGAUUCAUAUCAAGUUGGUAAACAAUUUAGAGACAAAUACUGAAUAUGUGGUUAAAAUAAACUUCACUAAAUCGCUAGAGGAAAGAUUGGAAGGAUUUUACAUUUCGUCUUAUAUGGACAGUUCAAGUGAACGUAAAAGAUUCAUUGGGACAACACAUUUUGAACCUACAAUGGCUCGUUCAGCAUUCCCAUGUUUUGAUGAACCCGCUUUUAAGGCUACUUUUUCAUUGAAAAUGGUCCAUGAAGCUCAUCAUGAUGUCUACUUUAAUUCAGAGAAACAAGAUACUUUGAUUUAUUCAAAGGAAGGCCUUCGACUCUCUGUAUUUGAUUCAACUGUUAAAAUGAGCACUUAUUUGGUUGCUUUUGUUGUCUGUGAUUUUAAACCUUUGGAUGCAAGAACCAAAGAGGGAACUCAUGUUCGAGUUUUGGCUCCUCGAGACCAAGUUAAUCAUGGGGAAUUGGCUCUAAGAUCAGCCGUUUCCAUAUUGACUUAUUUUCAGUCUUUUUUCAAUUUAACUUAUCCAUUAACUAAACUUGAUUUGGUGUCUGUCCCUGAUUUUGGUGCUGGUGCAAUGGAAAACUGGGGUUUAAUGACAUUCAGAUCAACUGCCAUUAUGUACAAUGAAAAGACAUCUCCAGAUUCAGCUAAAGAAGAGGUUUUAACUGUAAUUAGUCAUGAAAUUGCUCACCAAUGGUUUGGUAAUUUAGUUACUAUGAAAUGGUGGAAUGAUCUUUGGUUAAAUGAAGGAUUUGCUUCUUAUGUUGAGAAUCUUGGAGUUGAUCAUUUGUAUCCAGAUUGGCGUAUGUUGGAUCAAUUUGUGUUGACAACAACUCAAGAAGCAUUAGCCUUAGAUUCACUUGAAUCAUCUCAUGCAAUUAUGAAUGAUGUUAAAGAUCCACGAGAAAUUGAAGCUCUUUUUGAUACAAUAUCAUACAAGAAAGGUGCUGCUUUAAUUAGGAUGUUGAAGAAUUUUCUUGGACCAGAUAAUUUGAGAUUUGGGUUAAAAAAUUAUCUCUCCAAAUAUAAAUUUUCCAAUGCUGAAACAAGUGAUCUUUGGAGAUCAUUUUCAAAUAUUGUGCCAAAUGAAGUGAUAAAUGUUACAAGUAUAAUGGAGACUUGGGUUCGUCAAAAAGGAUAUCCAGUGAUUAGUGUUAGAUCUUAUGGUGAACAUGUUUUGUUAACCCAAAAACGUUACCUUUCCAGUCCUUUAAGUGAAGAUGAAUUGGAUGGCAAUAAUACAUCUCCAUUUGGAUAUCAAUGGAUUGUCCCAAUAACUUUUAUUACCAGUCAUAACCCACGAGAUGCCACAUUAAUAUGGAUGUCAUCGUCUAAUUCAGUGAUUCCUUUUCCUCACCAUGUUGAUUGGUUUAAAAUAAAUGUUAACCAAACAGGAUUUUAUCGAGUUAAUUACGAUGAAUACAAUUGGAAAAGAUUAAUUUCAUUAUUAGAUCGCUCUGGUCCUGAUACUCAUCUCUUAUCACCUUCAGAUAGAGCCAACUUGAUUGACGAUGCUUUCUCGUUCAUGCGAAUGGAUCUACUUCAACCUCAAAUUGCACUCAACAUCACAUCAUAUCUUGAAAAAUCAAAGGAACGUGAUUAUGUUCCUUGGGUCACAACGAUAAUAAACUUAAAGAUAUUGGACUCAAUAAUGGAAGGUCAUCCUUUACUUCGUAAAUUUAUUUUAAGACUCAUUCGAGUUGCACUUAAAAUGUGGAAACGAGGUUGGAUCGAUGAAGGAAGCCAUCUCGACCGUAAAUUGCGAUCAUCCAUUUACUAUGCGGCUGCCUAUUUCGGUGAAGAUACAACCAUUCGAAUCGCUAAACAACACUUUGAUAAAUGGUCUCAAGAUGCGUAUCAACCGCCACCAAAUUUCCGUAAAACCGUUUACACAACUGGAAUAAUGUUGGGCGAUACUGAAGAAUGGGAAUUUUGUUGGCAAAAAUAUGUUAAAGAAAGGAUUCCUUCAGAGAAACGUUUACUUCUGGAUGCUUUGGCCCACACUCAUAAUCCAUGGUUGUUAUCACAAUUCCUUAAUUAUUCACUUGAUAGGAACAAGAUUAAACCUCAAGAUACAGCUUAUGUUAUAACUCAUGUUGCUCGUAAUCCAGUUGGUCGCCAUUUGGCUUGGCGUUUUGUCCGUUCCAAUUGGAAUACUUUGUUGAACCUUUUUGGAACUGGAUCCUUUUCCCUUGAUGCUAUUAUUAGUGAAACGGGUUGGCAUUUUUCAACACUAUUUGACUACAACCAAGUUUCAUCAUUUUACUCUUCGGUUCCUCUUGGGUCAGGAUUCCAAUCAUUGAAACAAACAUUGGAAAAAAUUCGAGCCAAUAUCUUCUGGAAAGAAAAUGUUGAAGCUAAAGUUAUCAAUUGGUUAAAGAUAGUCGAUCAACGAUGAAAAUAAUUGUUCAUUCAAUACUUUUCUUCCUUUCUCAUCUUUUCAUCGCUAUAAUCAUUCAUCAUAACAUUCCAUUUGUUUUGGAUAAACAACUGCAAAGAUUCCAAUGAAACCAUCAAACACAAUCAACAGUCUUUCGAUUGUUUCCAGUUCAUUUCUGGAUAUUUUUUCCUAAAUUCAAUCUUUUAUUUUCCUUUAACUUCGUCCAUUUCCAAUGAUUUUACUCUAUUUUGAUUUUUCAAUAUUUUUGAAAUGGUAAACUUUGGUUUAUAAAUCGAUUGACAAAAACUCUUUGGUCUAACUAUCCUGAGUUUCAUUUUAGUUCUGGUCAACACAAGACACUGAAUUGCCAGAUUUAAUAUCAAUACAUCAAAAUACCAACGAAUCAUCAAAUGGCCGAAACUCUUGAAGCAAAUAGGGAAUGAUGUAAAACAAUCAACAGUUGGAUUCAUCAUCAUUUUAAACUUUAUUUAUUUAUUUCGAUUAAUUGUUUUUUUGAUAAUGUUGUUAACCUUAGAGUAAUUAUUACAUGAAACUCAUACUUUUAAAAACGACUCUUUUAAACCUUUUUAUCUGUAAAAUUGUUACAUCUACUGUUUUUGUUCACAAUGUACAAAAAUAUUAUAUGA